AUGAUUGCUGCCUUGGCGGCUGCUCGACAGGGGCUUUUGGGGGGCAACUCCAGCUGCUGCUUUGCCCUGGUUCGGAGCGUACAAACCGGUCUCCAGAGACUUCAGGGUUUAGCUGAGAGUUCAGCCAGCCCAGAAGCUGAAGCACCAGAGACCCAAAACAAGAGAGACUUCAGUUUUCGCCCCCCUGUGCCGGGAAAAGAGAGCACUCUUAGUUGGGCUGGAAAGAAAUAUGAAGAGCUCCCGAUUGUUCACAUCAACGCUACGUUUAACAACACCCACAUCCGGGUGGUCACGGCCCAGAACGGCGCUGUGGCCAGGGUAACCUGCGGCAUGGAAGGAUUCAAGAACGCCAAGAAGAGCACCGCCCUUGCCGCACAGACGGUCGGCCUCUCGGCUGCAGCGAAAGCCCGUGCGAAGGGAGUGUCCCACGUGCGAGUGGUGGUGAAAGGCCUGGGCCCUGGACGACUGGCAGCCAUCAAAGGACUCACCAUGGGGGGCAUGGAAGUGAUCUCCAUCACUGACAACACCCCCAUCCCGCACAACGGCUGCCGGCCGCGGAAGGUACGAAGGUUGUGA